CUCGACUUACCCAGAAAAGUUGGGUCGUUACAGUUGGUAUCAGAGCCUAAGUUUUAGGUUAUGUAGACUGACUUACGAUGUAAGUCUAUGUUUUUGUGUUCCUAUGGCUAACGCGACCCUUCGUCUCUCGUCAGGAAUUAUGCCGCCAAGGGAAGAAGUACGUAGAGGAGGUCGUAGAGGCCGAGGUAGAGGAGCAGGAGGCCGAGGUAGAGGAGCAGGUCGUAAUCAGCCUACUGAGGGUCAAGCUGAACAGCAAAUUCCUGCUGCACCCGUGACUCACGUUGAGUUUGAUGCACUGUCUGCUCACAUGGAGCAGAGGUUUACAGAACUUAUGACAGCUAUAGCUCAAAACCAGCAGGCACCUGCGGUCCCACCUGCACCUGUGGUUCCCCCUGCACCAGCAGCCCCUCCUGCACAAGAAUUACCUAACCAACUUUCUGCUGAGGCGAAACAUUUGAGGGACUUUCGGAAGUAUGACCCUCAGACGUUUGAUGGGUCACUGGAGGAUCCUACUAAAGCUGAAAUGUGGUUGUCCUCUGUGGAAACCAUAUUUAAUUACAUGAGAUGUCCCGAGGAGCACAGAGUUCAGUGUGCUGCUUUUCUACUGAGGGACAGAGGCAUUAUCUGGUGGAGGACUACAAUGCGCAUGCUAGGUGGAGAUGUGAGGCAGAUUACCUGGGAUCAGUUUAAGAACUGCUUCUAUACCAAGUUUUUCUUGGCUAACCUUAGAGACGCCAAAAGCCAGGAAUUCUUGGAGUUGAAGCAAGGAUAUAUGACAGUCGAGGAGUACGACCAGGAGUUUGAUAUGCUGUCACGUUUUUGCCCCUGA